AUGGCUCAUGGCCGACCUCUGGGCCGCUCUUACUCCUCUCAGUUCGGCCAGCACUGGGCCCGUCUACACUAUACUGGUCAAAGCGAGUUUCUCCCCACCCGGGACUAUGUAGACGGCGACAUCGAGCUCUACCUCCAGCGUUACUGCAGCAUCCUGAGUACAGUCAAACCCGUAGACAAGUUUGGACUCUGGUACGGUGUUCGUAAAUACAAAAAAGGACACACUUUUUUCACGUGCCCCUCAUCAUAUGCCAACAAGGCUAAACAUGCUCAGCCAAAAGACAAUGAUAAAGCUGGUUCUGCCACCAAUGCCUGGGCUGAGCCCUGUACCCAGUCCUCCACACUGCCGUCUGGGUCCUCCAAGCCCACUGGGCUACCACCAGAGGCCACUGCCCAACCCACUCUUGGUCCUGAGGGGCCCAGGGCUCGGCCUAACAAGCCGCACCCUGACCCCAGUGUCCGGUCCAAGCUGCUGCCUGGUAACAAAUCUGGGUCCAGUGAGCCUCACGGUAAGCCACACGAGCAGCAGAGUGGGACAGGCGUACAGACCCAGGUCGGUGUCCAGUCCAGCAAGACAUCACGGGCCGCUGCACAGCCGACCACGUCAUCGGUGACCGCUGCACAGCCGACCACGUCAUCGGUGACCGCUGCUCAGCCGACCACGUCAUCGGUGAUCGUGGACCCGUCCACUGAGCCACCGCCUGUGAUCAGCGAUCAGCCUUCUUCGACAGCCCCUGCGGAGGAGUGCGUGUCAAAUGGCGAGAGCCGGCCCUCAGGGAACGCGGAAACUGAAGCAGAGCUUGAGACGAGACUCGACAGUAGGGACACGCAGAAGGGACACGCAGGAGGGACACGCAGGACACUCGAGGAGCAGCCCCUGUACCAGCCCCUGUACCAGCCCGGAGCGGCACCAGGAUCAGCGCGGAACAGACGAGACGGGUCGCGGGUCUUCUGUGGCGGACGGACGCGGUGCAGCAGGAGCGGCCCAGGGAUUUACAGGACGCCAGGGUUCGAGACGCACACCCAAUCUGCGCGCGCGCACUAUCAGAGCCCACCAGGAUGUGAUUUCCCCUGUCCCCCCAACCAGUGUGACCGAGGCUCGGACAGACGUAGGCAGACGCGCGCUCUGGGAGUGCGGGCAAACUGGUACGCGGAGCCAGCUCGGCCUGGAUCAGCAGCGGACCAGACCAGCCCGGGGUGGCUAGACUGCGCACGCCAGAUAAACGAGGACCAUCGAUCCUCUGAGACCAGCUCCUCGGGGUCCUCAGAGCUGUCUCCUCCAGACUGUGACGUCAGCUCUGUACUCGGAGAAGUCACUAAAGAAGAGGUACUUAGUGCCAUUAAAGAACUCAACUCAGGAGCAGACCAUUCGGGACUCGCGGUGGCUCAUGGCCGUGAACAGACUCUCAGUAAGAGCCGUAGUGUCGUGGAGCUGCUACGUUACAACCAAGUCAUGCCCAAUGCCAAACUGCUAUAA